CUGUGAUGGCCGUGAUUCUCAGGUUCUCGGCCUCCGAAACGGAGAAUCUAACAGAACCGCCGAACUGCUUUCAGGUCAUCGAAGCCACCGGUCUGCUGUCAGUUACAGCAAAUAGUAUACCUGUGCGCACAUAUCCAUAUACAGGUAUGUACUAUAAGCGAUGUCGGUAGGCCAGGUUAUAGGCUACCUAGGUGCUCAGUACAUCAAGGCCCCGGCGGUGGCCUUCUAUCAAAAGACCGGCGUCCUCUUGUUCUCGGCCGCUGACUAUCAUAUGCCCCCCGAUUUCAAAGGCUGGGUUCGCGUCUCCUUUGCCGUGGAGCCCGAGAGGCUUACCGUCGCAAUGGACAGGCUGAAAACAGCCUACCAGAUAUAGAUGUCCCGCGGGCCG